AUGACGAUCGCGAUUGGUUUCGAGGGGUCUGCCAACAAAUUAGGUGUAGGCAUAAUCAGACACGAAAAUGGCAAGGUUGACGUCUUAUCCAACGUUCGUGAUACUUACAUUACACCUCCCGGCGAAGGCUUUUUACCGCGUGACACCGCCCAACACCACCGCGAUUGUGUACUCAAAGUAUUAAAGAAGGCCCUGAGCGAUGCCAACCUCACACCCAAAGAGAUUGACGUGAUUUGUUUUACAAAGGGUCCCGGCAUGGGUGCACCACUUACUUCUACUGCGAUUGUUGCACGCACGCUGUCACUCUUGUGGGAAAAGCCACUGGUUGGUGUAAACCACUGUGUAGGACAUAUUGAGAUGGGUCGAGAGGUGACAGGUGCUACAAACCCGGUCGUAUUAUACGUCAGUGGUGGAAACACACAAGUUAUCGCAUAUUCACAGAACAGAUACCGGAUAUUUGGUGAGACACUGGAUAUCGCUAUUGGAAAUUGUCUGGAUCGUUUUGCUCGUAUCCUGAACCUAUCAAACGAUCCAAGCCCCGGAUACAACAUUGAACAAUACGCCAAAAAAGGCAAACAAUUUAUUCCGCUUCCUUAUGCAGUCAAGGGCAUGGAUGUCUCGUUUUCCGGUAUCUUGUCGCAUAUCGAACAAAUUGCCAAGGAGCGACUGCCUACUGGCGAAAUUACACCAUAUGACCUUUGCUUCUCAUUACAAGAAACCUUAUUUGCUAUGCUGGUCGAAAUCACUGAAAGAGCCAUGGCUCACGUUGAAUCGUCUGAAGUGCUUAUUGUCGGUGGUGUCGGAUGUAACGUUCGAUUACAAGAAAUGAUGGAGCAAAUGGCAGCACAGCGGGAUGCCACAGUGUGCGCAACAGAUGAAAGAUUCUGCAUCGACAACGGCAUUAUGAUUGCCCAUGCGGGAUUGCUUGCUUAUCAUGAUGGUUUCCGGACACCGUUGGAAGAGAGUACCUGCACACAACGUUUCCGGACUGAUGAAGUAUAUGUAUCAUGGCGAGACUGA